CUCUAGUUUUACCGCUUCUAACCUCCUUCUCUGUGAGUGAUCCUGAGGGGGCGGGGCUAUGAUAAUGAGGCUCUGUGCUGAUUGGCUGCUUGAAUGACGUGUAGCAGGGGAGGGAACAAAGCCUCCCUCUGGGCACAAGAGCCGGCUGCGUACACUAUUAAAGCGUGUCCCCAAUAUUAAGGUGUAAACUUCAAACAUUUUACUUUUCUACAAAGGUCAGUCGCCUUUUUUUGCUUCAUGUUCUGUGUUGCAGAGACUGUAAAAACGAAUUCUUCCAUAAUUCCACCUAAUACCUCAUAUACCUCUCUUUAGGACUACAAUCACUACAAGCACACACUUCAUUAACUGUAUUUGGCCUUCAAUCAAUUUUUGGCAGGUAAUAAGACCCAUUUUCAGGGGAGAAAUCAGAUUCUGGCAGAGAAUCACUUUUUGGCACGACACCAGCACACCCGUGGCUACGCCACUGUUUAAGUUCAUACUUCACCUAUAGGUCCAUGGAGCGUGUCAGCGGUGAGAGUUCAAUAUAUUCUAUAUCUGGGAGUCGUCCUGGACCCGACACUCUCCUUCAGGAAGCACAUCAAGAGAGUGUGUAGCUCUGUUAAAUAUGGCUUGGCAAACGUCAGAUAAAUCAGGAACUCAUUGACUGACAGUGCAGCAAUAAUGUUUUUCCAUUCAAUGAUCCUAUCACACAUUGACUAUUGCCUGGAGAUCCUGCCUGGAUCCAACCUGGGCCAGAGUCCUGCAGGAGCCGGUCCAGAACAGCGCUGCUCCUGCUCGUGUCCGGAUCAGUCCCCGGGGGUUCCUGCUCGUGCUUGUCAUGGAUCCCGACCAGAACCAGCCCCCCCACCUCCCGCUGGUCCCCCACAGAGGCUUCAACCUGAUCUCUGGGCUCCACGACCCCGGAGAGGUGGACCUGAUCUCCCGGCUGCAGCUCCGGGACUCCGACCUGUUCAUCGUCACUUAUCCCAAGUCAGGGACCAUCUGGAUGCAGCAGAUCAUGCUGCUGCUGGAGGCGAGGGGGGAUGUGAGCGCCGUCGGCAGCAGCCGCAGCAACGCGGAGCUGGUCCCCUGGAUCGAGGUGAAGGACAACAGCCAGGCCUUCAUGCGGGCUCCGUCCCCCAGGAUGUGUGUCACCCACCUGCUGCACCACUUCCUGCCCCUGGAUCUGAGCCAGAGGAAAGGCAAGGUGAUCUAUGUGGCCAGAAAUCCCAAAGACGUUCUAGUGUCCUACUACCACUUCCAUAAAGUUGCCAACAUGCUGGAAACCCCGAAGAGCUUUGAUGACUUCUUUGAGAAGUUUCUUAGAGGAGAAGUAUUUGGAUGCAGCUGGUUUGAGCACAUUAAGAACUGGUACUCGCACAAGGAUGAGAUGAACAUGCUGGUCGUUAUGUAUGAAGAAAUGAUCCAGGACCUGCGCUCAGCCAUAAAGAGGAUCUCCAUGUUCCUGGGAAAAGAGCUGACUGAAGAGCAGUUGGCCAGCAUGGUGAAGCACAGCACCUUCAGCACCAUGAGGAAGAACCCUCAGGCCAACUAUGAGCAGGUCUCUGGAGAGUUGCUCAGCCACCACCUGGGACGCUUCAUGAGGAAAGGCACCGUUGGCGACUGGAAGAACCACUUCAGCGUGGCUCAGAACCAGCGCUUCGACCAACUCUUUCAGAGGGAAAUGAAGGAGUUCCCACUCUCGUUCAUCUGGGACAUGAAGGACCUGCAGUGAUGCCUCACUGUCAUUACAACCACGCACAGGAGCACAUUAUCAGGCUAUAGCAGGGGUCGGCAACCCAAAAUGUUGAAAUAUUGGACCGAAAACACAAAAAACAAAUAUGUUUGGAGCCACAAAAAAUGAAAAGUCUUGUAUAAGUCUUAGAAUGAAGAAACACAUGCUGCAUGUUUCUAUAUUACUUAUAACUGGGGGAAGAUUUUGUUUUCAUUAUGCAUGAGAAAAAAGUCUAAAUGUCGAGAAAAAGUGAAAAUGUUGAGAAAAAAGUCAAAAUGUCGAGAAAAAAGUCGAAAUGUUGAGAAAAAAGUCAUAAUGUCGAGAAAAAAGUCGAAAUGUCGAGAAAAAAGUCGAAAUGUUGAGAAAAAAGUCGAAAUGUUGAGAAAAAAGUCAAAAUGUCGAGAAAAAAGUCGAAAUGUUGAGAAAAAAGUCGAAAUGUUGAGAAAAAAGUCAAAAUGUCGAGAAAAAAGUCGAAAUGUCCAGAAAAAAGUCGAAAUGUCGAGAGAAAAGUAAAAAUUUCGAGAAAAGUCCAAAUUUAGAGAAAAAAGUCAAAAUUUCAAGAAAAAAGUUGAAAGAUUAAAAAGGAAAGGAAAAAGGAAAAAAAAGAGAAAAGAGAAAAAAGGGAAAAAAAGAAAAAAAGGAAAAAAGGAAAAAAAGAAAAAGAGAAGAAAAAAGAGAGAAA